GAGAGAUGAGCGCGCCUGGCCGGACGAGAGGAAAGUAUCAGCUCCGCUGAGGGGGGGAAGAAGGAGCUGGAGACAGAUUGUGGGACCGAGCGCGGGCGGGCGGGAGGCGACGGAGCUGCCAGCGGCUCCGCUCUGCUUCAUGAAAUAUGGGAGACGACAGACCGUUUGUGUGCAAUGCCCCGGGCUGUGGACAGAGAUUUACAAACGAGGACCACCUGGCAGUUCAUAAACACAAGCAUGAGAUGACAUUGAAAUUUGGCCCAGCCCGAACUGACUCAGUCAUCAUUGCAGAUCAAACUCCUACUCCAACUAGAUUCCUGAAGAACUGUGAGGAGGUGGGGCUCUUCAAUGAACUAGCUAGCUCCUUUGAACAUGAAUUCAAGAAAGCUGCAGAUGAGGAUGAGAAAAAGCAGGCGGCUGCGGGGCCCCUUGACAUGUCUCUGCCUUCCACACCGGACGUUAAAAUCAAAGAAGAGGGGCCCGUGGAGGUGGACUCAUCCCCGCCUGACAGCCCCGCCUCCAGCCCCUGCUCCCCGGUGCUCAAGGAGAAGGAAAUUGCCCCCAAGCCUAUUGUGAUAUCUACCCCAACGCCUACCAUUGUACGCCCUGGCUCCCUGCCUCUCCACCUGGGCUAUGAUCCACUUCACCCAACCCUUCCCUCCCCAACCUCUGUCAUCACACAGGCUCCACCAUCCAACAGGCAACUGGGGUCUCCCACGGGCUCCCUUCCUCUCGUCAUGCAUCUUGCUAAUGGGCAGACCAUGCCUGUGCUGCCAGGGCCUCCAGUACAGAUGCCUUCUGUUAUAUCGCUGGCCAGACCUGUGUCUAUGGUGCCCAACAUUCCUGGUAUUCCUGGCCCACCAGUUAACAGCAGUGGCUCCAUUUCUCCCUCUGGCCACCCCAUGCCAUCAGAAGCCAAGAUGAGACUAAAAGCCACCCUAACCAACCAAGUCUCCUCAAUCAAUGGUGGUUGUGGAAUGGUGGUGGGUACUGCCAGCACCAUGGUGACAGCCCGUCCUGAGCAGAGCCAGAUCCUCAUCCAGCACCCUGAUGCCCCUUCCCCUGCCCAGCCACAGGUCUCACCAGCCCAGCCCACUCCGAGUACCGGAGGGCGCCGGCGGCGCACAGUGGAUGAAGAUCCGGAUGAGCGGCGGCAGCGCUUUCUGGAGCGCAACCGGGCUGCUGCCUCGCGCUGCCGGCAGAAGCGGAAGCUAUGGGUGUCCUCUCUAGAGAAGAAGGCAGAGGAACUCACUUCUCAGAACAUUCAGCUGAGUAAUGAAGUCACAUUACUACGCAAUGAGGUGGCUCAGUUGAAACAGCUGCUGUUAGCUCAUAAAGACUGUCCAGUCACUGCACUACAGAAAAAGACCCAAGGCUACUUAGAAAGCCCCAAGGAAAGCUCGGAGCCGACGGGUUCUCCAGCCCCUGUGAUCCAGCACAGCUCAGCCACCGCACCCAGCAACGGCCUCAGCGUUCGCUCUGCAGCUGAAGCUGUGGCCACCUCAGUCCUCACUCAGAUGGCCAGCCAAAGGACAGAACUGAGCAUGCCGAUACAGUCGCAUGUGAUUAUGACUCCACAGUCCCAGUCUGCGGGCAGAUGAUGCCUCCCCGGGCGGAGAGGUCCCCAGCCAGAGCUCGCCCAUUCAAGAGCCAAGAAAGAUGUCACCUUAUCCCCUCCCAUCUGUCCUGGACAUGGCAGUAUGGGGAGGGGACUGUGUGUUGUGAGUAAAGGACAGAUGUGGGGCUUUUCUCUUCAGCCACAUGGUUGUGUACGUUGACACCUGUACUAGGAGCCUCCCAGCCCCAGAGCCACAUAGAUCAUCCCCUGAGCGGGGGUUUCUGAUGUCCUCACAGCCAAAGGCCCUUCCAGAUGGUCUGAACAGUCAGUCACCCUUGCCCACGCACCUGUGCUUCUCUCUUUUAACACUAACCCUUGCACUUCCAGGUUUCAGGUUUCCCAGUUUCCUCUCUUCCCAAUAAGCCAUAACUGUUACCUUCUUGUUCCUUAGCAGCAUGUCACUACCUGCUAGAGAGAGCCAGAAUUGAUGGAGUAUCACCUGCUAACCCAUCUCCAGCCCCCUCAUGGGCUCAGGACAUUGUGUCCCAGUAGCUGCUUAUAUCCCUUUUUACUCAUCCAAAAUUCUAGUCAAAAUACUCACUUAAGGAGAUUGUAAAGUUACCUUUGAUGUAUGAAGUAGCAAUAUUUUUUCCAGCUCUUCCAUAAACUUUAGCCCUUCUCCCUAUCUUCUACCAAAACAAACAAACAAAAACCAAAAAAAGGAAAAAGAAACAAAACCCCAAGAGUUCUAGUCCUUUUUAAUCUAUUUCCAGAGCUAUUUGGAUACCACAUUUUGUCUCUUGAGUUUUCCCACUGUAGUGGUGGACUCUUUUCUACUUCCCACUAAGCCUUGCAAUCUCACCUGGUGGCCUUAUUAGAUAUGGCUUGGUAGUGAAAAGGGGAAGAGCCAGGAUCUGACUGGCUGACUCCUCCCCUCCCUGCUCCAUCCUUCAGUCUAAUCAUCAGGUCAGGCAGGAAAUCUUGUUCCAUCAGGUUAAUGGAGGGAUUCUUUGUGUUGUACAAGAGUUGUCUGACCAAAGCAUACAUAUUCCUUUUGGUCAGCUUUCCGCUUCUGCCUCUCCCUCUUCGUUCUCCUGUCCACAUUAAUGCCUCUCUCUUCCACGGCUGGUUCAGAUGCAGCCCAGGGAGGCUGUCCCUCACUUUCCCCCGUCUCAGCCUCACACAUCUGUCUUCUUCUCUGAGCUAGGGUCUUGUGUUCACAAGUGUCCCACGCCCUCUGGAUCUACCUUCUUUCUCUUUUAGCUCGUAGCCUGGCCACUAGGUCUCUCUUCAGCUCUUUUCUGAUUUUUGCCCCCUGGAUGCAGUGCUUCUCCAUAGGCCAACCCCCAGGACUCAGGCAUCAUAGCCUGGGUCCUGAGAGGGCUUCUGAGUACAAGGUUGGAUGGGGGAGGUUGCGGGGGGGGGGGGGGGCGCAGGUGCAGUACUGAUCUCAGCAGAAGAACCCUGCUUGUUGAAAGGUCCAGCCUGCCUGGGAAAUCGGUGACUAUUGCUCUCAGCCAUUCUCACUUUGAAAAGUUGGGUUACAGAGGAAGAAAUUCAUCCCUCUGGUCUCUCUUUCUUCCCCAUGAAGACUUCUCAUCUUCCUUUGGCUCUGAACUAUGCAAUUUCUACCAGUCCAUAGGAAGCAAUCCAAAGCCAGGGGCCUGUGGAUAGGUACGUCAGCUUUAGUAGCUCUUCAGUAUGAAACCCUUCCAAUUGUCCCAGAGCCACCUUCCGCCAUCUGCCAAAGCCAAGAAUGUCCUUUUCUCCAUCUCUCUACCUCCAUCUUAAACAUCCGUACAGAUAACUCCCAACUUCCUUUGUUAUUUUGUCUUCCAAAAUUGGCUGGCAUAGGGGAACGAGGAAAUGUUCUAAGCUACAAGAUUGCCAUCUCCUCAGUGAUAAACUGGUAAGCCAGUCAGGUGACAUGUUCUACUGCAUUGUUUUUAAUUUCCCCUUUCAGAGCCGGUGCUGAACAAGCCACACCUGGUGAAGAGAAAGGAGAGAAACGUGGUUUUCUCAUCCUCUACCACCCGGGACCCAGCAGGAACAGCCCCUGAGGUGACUCAGAUUAGCAAAUGGCAUGGCAGAUGGUCAGGAUGCAGGUUUCCGCCUCCGGGGACUCCACUCGCCUGUAAAAUUCACAGCCAUAACUCGUGCUCAGGGCUCUCAGACGCUGCUCCCAGACUCUUCUGCUUUAGUUUGCUUCAGUUUUUUAUUCUAUUGAUUUCCCACCAGCAGCCUUGCCCUUAAGCUUGACUGAGUUUAUGGCUCCUAAGGAGCCUUCGUAAGACCUUUCACUAUUUUCUUCCCCUUCAGUCAAGUGUGUUUCAAGUGAAGACUCUCACACAGGCCCUGCCUCGCUGCUGGGCGCUGGAGGAGGCUGUCCUGCCAUCUGCCCCUGCGUAGGAUGGCUCAUUUACGUAGAGGGUCUCAGCUCGUUCCUUAAUUAACCCCAUGUCUAAUCGCAUUUUCAUCAGUGGGAAGUUAGCACUGGGGACCUAUAGGAGGGGCAUUGACAGACCCUCAGUAGAAAAGCAGCAGUGACUUGAGGAAGGGGCAGGACAAGCCUCCAGACAGCUCUUCAGUGGUCCUCAGUCUCACUAAGAAGACAGAGCAAUUGCUUACCGUGACGCCUCUCUUAUAUCAAGGGGAAUGUUACCGACCUUGUCCUUGCUGCCAGCCAUGUGGCCACUCUUCCCUGCUCGUUGCCUUCCAGACUCAUCUGGACCAGAACCAAACAUCAUGGAGGGUGUUACUUAGCCCUUUUCAGGUUGCCUAGGGAGCCAAGGGAAGACAUUUCUGAAAGGAGCUGGGUGUGGACCCUAGGACUCUUCCAAGUGAACACAGGACUAGGCCUCUCACUUCACUCCAAAGACAUAGCUGCUAGACAUGCAAGGCCAGAAAGCAGGGGUGGGGAACGUCUGGCAUGCAGGCCACUUAAGGCCCACGGGAUCAUUUGGUCUGGACCUGGCAAGGCGUUAGGGGUGAGUUAAUUAAAUGUUUGACCAGAUAAUAGAUGGCUAAUUUUUUUAAGUUAAUAAUUUUUAUCACCCUUGAAUGAUGUUAUACGUACCCAAAUGGCCCUUGGUAGGAAAAAGGUUCCCCACCCCUGACCUAGAGAAAGGGGCCAGAACCGGGCGUGGUGUGCAGGCUUCUGCCCAUUUCCUUGAAAGCAGGCUUAGAGCUGCAAAGCCUGAGAAGCUUCCCCACAGCUAUAGAGACGGGGAGGGCAGGCGCUUCUUUACUGACUCUCCCCCUGGUGGUUGUGUAACCCAGGUCUGGCUCCUUCAGCUUUCCUCCUCUUCUUGGCCCUAAGACUAGACCAUCUACUCUCAGUGGUGGUAAAAGAGGUGACCUAACUGAACCUCACCUUGUUGCCUCCUGUGCCUGUUGUGCUGUUCUUGGCUCCUUUCCUGAUUCCCUGCCCUCCAGCACCACCUCCUAGACGGGGUGCUUCGUCCUAACCGGGCCUGUUUACAGCCUGCCCACCAAGCAGACCCGAGGUGUUCUCCUCCGGCUCCUGAGGCCCGUGUCCCACACUGAGAGGCUCCAUUAAAGGUGCUACCCUGAGACAGCCCUCCCCCCAGAAGCUCUCCCUUUCUUUCAGAACUUCCUUUCCAUCCCCAUGUCAUUAUUUCCCGUUAGUAUUGUACAUUGUAUACACAGGAAGGAAAAGUAUUGUUUUUUAUUUCAUAACCAGUCUGUUUAGAAUCCAGUCCUUCUAGCUGUAUCACAUAUGCCUUUGUUGAUGUGCUCUUUAUGCUUUCUUUAGACUUUUGUUUGACAGGGGCGGAGGGAGGAAUAAGAUAAGUGAGGAUCCUCAACCUCCCACACCUUAAUCUCCCCUCAGAGUACAGAACUGAUUCUCUGUUUCUGUUUACAACACACAUGUGCACACAGACACAAAUCCCCCCCUCCCAGGGUGCUGACCCAGCUGGAAUGAGCAUAGGUGGCUGCUGGCCACCAUUCCCACACUUUGUACCACUUCAUCUCUUUUUGGGAAAAGAAUGAGAAAAGGCUGGGGAGAGUAGGGAAGGUUAAGGCAGCUUAUGUCCUUUGUAGAGGCAGGUUUGUAUUGUAGCUGGUAGGGUUGGUUUUUAAUGGGGGCUGGUAGCACAGAUAUCUUACCGGCAUCAGCUGCUACUGGAGAGUGAGGUUGUAGCUGUAAGAAAUGGCUAUGAGCACUGGUUUCAUUGACUUUCCCUUCGGGCGAUGGUUCUCAGCACAUGGGCCAGGACAAGCAGCACCAGCGUCUGGGAACUUGUGAGAAAUGCACAUUUGGGCCCCACCCCUGACCUGUUGAAUCAGAAACCCUGGGGAUGGGCUCUAACAAGCACUCCGGGUGGUUCUUAUCACACUGAAGUCUGAGAACCACCCUCAGAGCAAGCUCGGAAGUUCUUGUAGGAGGUCAAGACUAUGAGUACCAUCCUCUGCCUUAGCAUGAACAUAUGUAUUUUUCCAUUUCCUCCAGUCCUUCUCUUCACCCCCAUUAAAACAACAACCACAUCAUUCAUCUUGAAAUCUAGGUUUGUCUUCAUCCUACUUAUCCCUAAACCCUGUCCUGCAUCGGUCUGGGCAGGUGUUGUCCCAUAUUCCCUUGCAGACUGGUCACUCCACACUCCGUUACAGGAAGGACCAGCUGGAGUUUAGCUGUUCAGUUCUCACACACACAUACCCCUUCAGGCAGGGAGACGAGCCUCCAGCCCCAGCAGCAGAUGCUGCAGCCUCCUGAUAUAGUAUCUGUUGAAAAGAAAGCAGUGUGUAUCUAUGGUUAUAUCUCUGCUCAUCUGUAUAUCUUCGACAUGUAGCAGAACCUCUCCAUCUCAUCAAGGAACUCCACUGGGGGGUCUGAGUCUCCCCAGUGGUGGUCUUUGACAGGUGGGAGCAUGCAGUGCUACAGGCUAUUUUGUUACAAAACCAUGGUCUCCCUCUCCCCUCCUCCCCAUUCAGCAUGGCCCCUGUGAGCAGGCUCACAAUCCCCCGGACGGGCUGAGGCAGAGGCUUCGCUCCGUUCUCCCUCCCCGUCCCUUCUUCCCUUCCCCUUGCCACUCCGCAGCUACCCAGCCAGGCCUCCCCCUCUCCCUUGCCCUGACAUAUAUUGUGCCUUAUUUAUGCUGCAAAUAUAACAUUAAACUCUCGAGAGAACCAC